GCAACGGUAACAGCUUAUCUGCCGUGGAUGAAAGCAUAAUGAGCGAAAGGUUAUCAACGAACAACGUUAUUCGCAAAACAACCGGCAUCAGUUUGCGACUUUAGUUACGCGCUUAACGCCAUGUUACCGACAGUUCGGUUUAGUUCCGGGCUGGUGUUUCUGUUGUUUUUAUUUGCACCAACCGGUGAUGCAGUACACACAUCAGAUGCAUCCAACGGUAGCAACAACACCUUGGCGCAACCGAGAACCGCAGUGUAUCGGGACUCGAUGUGUGUGAGAACUUCAUUAUUCGCCCCACGAAUCGGGUACGGAAACUAUGCUGAGGAGGGCAACUGGCCUUGGCACGGAGCGCUGUUUUUUGGUCGCGAUUACCAAUGCGGAUGCACUCUCAUCAACGAAUGGUUUGUCCUCACAGCAGCCCAUUGCAUGUUUAAUCCGGAAACGCAAAUCCGAGUCAAUCUGCGAUUAUUCAGCGUCAGUUUGGGAUUGCUAUGGCUGGAUAGGUACGAAAGUAACGCCCGACGGUACAACCUGACAGCCGCGAAGAUUCAUCCGCUGUUCGUUCAAUCGAGUCACAAACACGAUUUGGCGCUGCUGCAGCUGUUUAGCAAGGCUGAGAUUAGUGAUUUCAUACGACCCAUCGAUGUUGACUAUAGUGAACCACCCUGGAUCGAUCGUUUGGCCGGAUAUCACGGAACGGUGGUCGGCUGGGGGUUCACCGAACUGGACGUCGUGUCUAAUGUGCUGAUGGUCACCCAGAUGCCGAUUGUGCGAUACACAGAUUGCAUCGAGAGCAAACCGGAACUAUUCGGCCAGUUGAUCUACGAAGGAAUGUAUUGCGCUGGUGCACAAAAUGGAACCAGCGUGUGUAACGGAGACAGUGGCGGAGGAAUGUACGUGUACCAGAAAAAUUGUUGGCUCCUGCGGGGAAUAGUUUCGUUUUCGGCUACACGCAAUAACACGAAUCUGUGCGACUUGUCCGGUCUGGCUGGAUUCGUGAAUGUACCAUAUUAUGGCAAAUGGAUCCAGCAGCAGUUGGCGGAUCAUGAAAGGAACUUGGCGAGCCAAGAGAACAGCUUGCAGAUGAUGGAUCCUGUGACGGCCUUGCCAGUUACCAGAGUGGCAAAAUCGCAAGAGAUCGUUCAGCAUCCACUAAACUCAAGCACCCCGGAGGGUAUACCUGUGGAGAAUUUACCUCCGGAGUGUCUUCAAUACUACAGUGACGUGAUGUAUGCCGAGCGCAGCUCGAGUGUUUCGUUGCAUUGUGAACAUAACAGCAGCGAACAAAUUCAGUUCAUACGAUGGUACCGCAAGGGUCCUCAUAAUCGCAUAAUCGAUCUCUCGUUUGAGCUCGAAUUUCGUACCGAUCCGGUUCACGAUAUUUUAACUAUUAGGCAACUCGAGUCGCACCAUUCGGGAAGGUAUUACUGUUUAGUUCAAUAUUCAGAUAGGAAUAUCACCAAGAGCAAAAUUUUAGCAGUAACGGGUGCAAUACCAAGAUUCAAUAGCAGGAUGGAACCUUCACAUCUGAAAUACCAAUUAUCACCAAGACCUGAGUAUCUGAAUUUGGUAAUUGUAUUUCAGGCGGAGAGAAACGAUGGAAUUAUCUUCCAUAAGGAGAGCGAAUGUGAUGAACAAUUUGUGACUGUUUCACUAGUCGAUGGGCGACCUGUCCUUCAAUUUCGAAGCAGUGAAGGGAUCGUUGAGAGGGUGACAGAUGCUAAUGUUACUGUACACUUGGGUCAAUGGCAUAAAUUACAUCUUUACAGUUUGCGAGAUCGAGCUUAUUUCUCUCUAGAUAAUCGGUUACUAGCGUUGUUCCAAAUGCCAGCUCCGAGAUCCGAUUGUCUGAAGCAAGACAUUUAUCUGGGAAGUGGUGGAGAGAAUAGUUCUGGUUUUGAAGGAUGUAUUAGCAAAUUGAUGCUCAACGAUCAACCGAUCGACCUUUGGAAAGAAGUGGUCAGCAAACGUAACGUUACCCAAUGUAAUGCUUGUUCGACUAACCGAUGCUUCAAUGAAGGAGUUUGUGUAGAGACCAGAGCUGGAUUCGAUUGUCUCUGUAAGGUUGGUUACGUGGGAAAGUUAUGCUCACAGAAGGGACAGAGCUGCAACGAAAGCAGCUGCAACGGUUAUGGCUUUUGCGAGGACCACGAAACCGGCUUUAGAUGUUUCUGCUCAGCGGCUCGAUCUGGCGAGCACUGUGAGUAUGAGAAUCAUUUGGGCCAGCAGGCGAUUUCGUUCAACUUAUACGGCUUCGCACAGUACAGGAUUAAAAUCCAAAAAGGAUUCAUUUUACAGUUUAACUUCACUCCAAAAACAAUUGAAAAAAGCCUAGUGAGCUACUUAACAGAAGAAAGCCAGGUUAUCGCUGGCUUCCUCGCUCUCUCUAUCGUGGAUGGCCGAUUGGAACUAAGAUUCGCAGCAAGCUUCGAACUCCAACCGACGGUUUUGAAAUCUUCGAUCGUGUUGAAGGAAAGUUCCUGGCAUACUGUCACUGUUGGCUGUGGAAGUGUUUUCGUAUAUUUUUACGUAGAUAACGAACCGGAACAGUCGAAAAGUAUUUCCGGGAGUCUGUUUCCCACUGAUCGUGAAUACUUACUUUACCUUGGCGGGCUAGACAGGCAUUCCAUCGUGAGUCGAUGCCCGGAUGUCGAGCGUGGUUUUCACGGUUGCAUAGAAAAGCUCAAAGUGUCCGAUGAAACUGUUAACUUAACGAACGAUUUUAUAAAUGCCAACAAUAUUAAAAACUGUGAAUAAAUGUCGUUGAGUAGCUGAAUUUAAAUUAGUCAACCACAAAAGAAACAUUUGAAAUCGACAUGGUAGAUAAAAAAUUUUAACCGUAUCUUCAUGACUUGCAAACUUUGAAAACAAUUAUUAUUAGACAGUGGCGUAGCCAAGGGGUAGAGGCUCAGAGUUUUUGAUUUUUUUUUUAAGCAGCAGGUUUGGCGUCGUAUACAAAUUACGUAACGCUCAUGCAACGUAGUACCUUAUUUGAACUGUUAAUGAAGCGGAAGGUUAUCAA